GGCUCGCCGGGUGCUCCUCAGAAGGACUUUUAGCUGCGCGGCCGGGGCUUGGAUGUGGGCGCCGAGGGACGGGGUCUGUGCACCGCAGCGGGCACCGGCCGGGGCGGGGGCGCUUCGCCUGCGCUGCGGGUUGCUGCCUGCAGCACCGCGGCUCAGCGAGUUGUACACCAUUUCAGCAGAGAUGUCUGAUCUUUCCAUCUGCAUACCUGGAGAUGCUUUAUUCCCUGAAUGGUCUUUUCAGUAAACACUAAAGACUUCUUGGGACUGAACACUGGAACAGAUGAGUUAAAUCCUUUUGGAAUGAUCUUCAUCAAACGUAGAUGUACUGGACUUUCUGGAUGUGCCUAAGGACACAAAGACUGAAGAAGUCCUGAAGAUUGAUGGAGGGCCAUGCUAUUCAAACAGCAGGCGUUGCUGAGACAGAAGCUCUUUGUGCUAGGCAGCCUUGCUAUUGGAAGUCUCCUAUAUCUAGUUGCCAGAGUUGGGAGUUUGGAUAGACUACAGCCCCUGUGCCCCAUCGAUGGUCGUUUUGGACCCCGCGGCCAGGACGAAAUCCCAUUGAGAGCCCUGCAGUUCAAACGAGGUCUGCUCCAUGAAUUUCGAAAGGGCAAUGCCACCAAGGAACAAAUUCGACUGCACAAUCUGGUUCAGCAGCUUCCCAAGGCCAUUAUCAUUGGGGUGCGGAAAGGAGGCACCCGAGCACUACUGGAGAUGCUGAACCUUCACCCUGCAGUGGUCAAAGCUUCUCAAGAGAUUCACUUCUUUGACAAUGAUGAAAACUAUGCCAAGGGAAUUGAGUGGUACCGGAAAAAAAUGCCUUUUUCUUACCCUCAUCAAAUAACAAUUGAGAAAAGCCCUGCGUAUUUUAUCACCGAGGAAGUACCUGAAAGGAUUUACAAAAUGAACUCAUCUAUCAAAUUAUUGAUCAUUGUCAGGGAACCUACCACAAGAGCUAUUUCUGAUUACACUCAGGUGCUGGAAGGCAAGGAAAGAAAGAACAAAACUUACUACAAAUUUGAGAAGCUGGCUAUUGAUCCUAAUACCUGCGAAGUGAACACUAAAUACAAGGCAGUGAGAACCAGCAUCUACACAAAACAUCUGGAGAGGUGGUUAAAAUACUUCCCAAUCGAGCAGUUUCAUAUUGUGGAUGGAGACCGGCUCAUCACAGACCCACUACCAGAACUCCAGCUGGUUGAGAAGUUCCUAAAUCUUCCUCCAAGGAUAAGUCAGUACAAUUUAUACUUCAAUGCCACCAGAGGGUUUUACUGCUUGCGAUUUAACAUUGUCUUUAACAAGUGCCUGGCGGGUAGCAAGGGACGCAUCCAUCCAGAGGUGGAUACCUCUGUCAUUACCAAAUUGCGCAAGUUCUUCCAUCCUUUUAAUCAGAAAUUUUACCAGAUCACGGCGAGGACAUUUAACUGGCCCUAAACUAAACUUCAUACACCACUUUCUGUUGCACCUGAGGCAUGAGAUAGAUGUCUCUGCUGAAAUAUGCACUUUUCAUAGACAUGGCUAGCAAAGUAACUUUUUCAUGCAUACGUGUACAUAAUGCAGUGUGUGACCAAAUAUACGGUGGGAUCGAUUUUUUCUACAGAGUAGUAACUAACAUAAAUUUACUGUCAAUAUAGUUGCAUCUUUUAAGAUAUAAUAAUAAAGGGAAAGGAGGUAUUUAGGGAAACAAAGUCAGACACUGUUAAAAGGGUCAGUGUUCCUCUUGCUUAGUGAAGUGUUUAUGUGAGAUACUUAUUGAUCUAAGCAGAACAUUAGUUUAUGCCGUAAAAAUUCUUGUCAAAAGUCUGUAAAGCUGUGAGAAAGCAUAAUCUUGAGGCUAUAUUUGGUAUGUGUAUUGCUAAAGGAAUACUGACACUUUAAACACAGUGCUGAAUUUUUACAAUGAGAGUGAAUAGUACUAUUUUCUUAUUAUUUUAAAUUAAUAUCUUAUCUCAUACAAACUACAUUGUUUUAGAGUUCCUGUGGUGAGUUUGCACUAUUGUUUUAUGGUAUGGACCAUAGUGUCACUUGUAGCAUGUCAAUCAUGUGUCAAGAAAAGGUCAAAUAAUUUUUUCUUCUAUACUUGUGUGUCGACAAAGCUAAACAUGGUGUACAUAGUGUACAAUGUUUGUAAAUACUGGUUUCACACUAAGUAAUUCUAUUUUGUAAACUGAAUAUGGCUAUUUAAUUUAUUGUGAAAAUUAAAUUUAUUGUGGUAUUUAAAAAUGGAAUGGAUUAAAAUUACCUAUAUGUGCAAUGGC